AUGAUGAAGAACAGCGGCUUCCUGGAGCCGCAGCAGCUCUUCUUCCUCAGCAACGCAGAUCCAGAGGAGGAGGAGGAGGAGGAGGAGGAGGAGAUGCCGGCCACAGAGAAGGACCUGGCGGAGGACGCGCCCUGGAAGAAGAUCCAGCAGAACACCUUCACCAGGUGGUGCAACGAGCACCUGAAGGUGCUCAACAAGCGGAUCGCGGACCUGCAGAAGGACCUGAGCGACGGGCUGAAGCUGAUCGGGCUGCUGGAGGUGCUGAGCCAGAAGAAGAUGUACCGGAAGUACCACCUGAGACCCAACUUCAGGCAGAUGAAGCUGGAGAACGUGUCCGUGGCUCUGGAGUUCCUGGAGAGGGAGCACAUCAAGCUGGUCUCCAUCGGUAAGAGGCUGGGGGCCCCUGAGGCUCAGACAGGUGUAAGGGGCCCUGCCUGGUGCUUCCACAGCAGGACAGGCACGGAAAUGAAGGUCCAGAAGCUCCUCACAGCUUUAGAUGUUAGGAAGUUCUUCCUCUGGUCUUCACAUCAAUUAGAGGAACCUAACCUGCUCAGAGGCAUGGGCGGUUCUACACAGGGGCCAACGGGGGCCAGUGCCCCUGUAGAUCAUGUCCUGCCCCCUGCAGACGACUGGCUGGGAGUCCCACAGGUGAUUGCUCCAGAGGAGAUCGUUGACCCAAACGUGGACGAGCACUCUGUCAUGACUUACCUGUCCCAGUUCCCUAAAGCCAAGCUGAAGCCCGGAGCGCCGCUAAGAGCAAAGACACUGCAUCCAAAGAGGGCUAAAGCUUAUGGUCCAGGUAUUGAAGCACGAGGCAACACAGUUCUGAAACCUGCAGAGUUCCUGGUGGAGACGGUGGAGGCUGGAAUGGGGGAGGUCCUGGUUUAUGUGGAGGAUCCGGAGGGACACACAGAAGAAGCCCGAGUGAUCCCCAACAAUGACAAGAACCGAACCUAUUCUGUGGUGUACCUGCCCAAGGUGGAGGGUCUUCAUAAGAACAAACUUGGCGAGGACACAAUUUCACAGAACGCCCCUCCCCCUGACUCUCCAGUGCAGAUUGUACCACAGUCCAUACAUACCCCGCCCUCAGAAAAGACCAGAAGAGCCCCCCCACCAACACCGCCAAAACCCAGGCGACCAACCUGCAACCCGAAUGCCUGCAGAGCCUCGGGUCGAGGUCUGCAGCAGAAGGGCCUGAGGGUGAAGGAAGUGGCCGAUUUCAAAGUGUAUACUAAAGGAGGCGGCAGCGGGGAGCUCAAAGUCACCGUGAAGGGGCCCAAGGGCCGUGAGGAACCUGUGAAGGUGCUGGAGAUGGAAAACGGCAUUUAUGAAUGUAAUUAUUACCCAAUCAUGACAGGGAAAUACAUCAUAAUUAUCACAUGGGGAGGACACAGCAUUCCCCGCAGCCCAUUUGAGGUACAUGUAAGUGAGGAGGCGGGACCUCAGAAGGUGAGGGCCUGGGGUCCAGGUCUGGAGACCGGUAUGGUGGGGAAGAGCGCAGACUUUGUGGUGGAGGCAAUCGGCACAGAAGUGGGAACUCUCGGUUUCUCCAUCGAGGGGCCCUCUCAGGCUAAAAUCGAGUGUGACGAUAAAGGUGACGGAUCCUGUGAUGUUCGAUACUGGCCCACUGAACCAGGAGACUAUGCCGUCCAUGUCAUAUGUGAUGAUGAGGACAUUAAGGACAGUCCCUUCAUGGCCCACAUCCUCCCUGGAGCCAUUGAUUUGUUUCCUGAGAAGGUGAAAUGUUUCGGUCCUGGUCUGGAGCCUCUGGGUUGUAUUGUCAACAAACCAGCUGACUUUACCAUUGAUACGAGUGAAGCUGGCAGAGGAGAGCUGAGGCUCUACGCUCAGGAUGCAGACGGUUUCCCCAUCGACAUCCAAAUCACAGAUAACGGAGACUGCACCUACUUUUGUGUUUACAUUCCCACCAAACCCAUCAAACACACCAUCAUUAUCACCUGGGGUGAAGUUAAUGUUCCCAACAGCCCCUUUAGGGUGAUAAUCGGAGAGGGCAGCCAUCCAGAGAACGUGAAGGUCUACGGUCCAGGUGUGGAGAAGACAGGCCUUAAGGCCAAUGAGCCGACAUACUUCACUGUGGACUGCAGUGAGGCUGGACAAGGUGAUGUCAGCAUCGGGAUCAAGUGUGCUCCUGGUGUGGUCGGACCGGCAGAGGCAGACAUUGACUUCGACAUUAUCAAGAAUGACAAUGACACUUUCACAGUGAAGUACAUGCCUCCGGGUCCUGGUCAAUACACCAUCAUGGUGCUGUUCGCUGAUCAGGAAAUUCCCAUCAGUCCAUUCAGAAUCAAGGUGGAUCCCUCUCAUGAUGCAGCCAAGGUCAGAGCAGAGGGCCCUGGACUCAACAGGACUGGUGUGGAGGUUGGAAAGCCCACACACUUCACCAUUUACACCAAAGGGGCCGGUAAAGCCAAACCAGAGGUCCAUUUUAUUGGAGCAGCUAAAGGCGAAGCUGUUCGUGACUUUGAGAUUAUCGACAACCACGACUACUCAUACACGAUCCGCUACACCGCAGUGCAGCAGGGGAACAUGUCCAUCACUGUGUGCCACGGAGGAGACCCCAUCCCUAGAAGUCCAUUCAGCAUCAUCGUGGCCCCCCCUCUGGACCUCAGCAAGGUUAAAGUCCAGGGACUCAACAACAAGGUGGACGUUGGAGUGGAUCAGGACUUCUCCAUCACGACUCGAGGUGCUGGAGGUCAGGGGAAACUGGAUGUAAAGAUCACCUCCGCAUCACGUCGUCCAAUCCCCAGCAAACUGGAAUCUGGCACAGCCAAUGAGGUUCACACUGUGAAGUACGUCCCCCCCGAGGAGGGACUGUACAGAGUGGACAUCAGCUAUGAUGGAAACCCCGUCCCAGGAAGUUCGUUCACCGUGGAGGGCGUCAUGCCCCCAGAUCCUUCAAAGGUCCGGGCCUACGGUCCUGGUCUUCAGGGUGGGUUAGUGGGUAAACCAGCUCCGUUUGCCAUCGACACAAAGGGAGCUGGAACCGGUGGACUUGGCCUGACAGUGGAAGGUCCAUGCGAGGCCAAGAUCGAAUGCCAGGACAAUGGGGACGGAUCCUGUUCUGUGUCCUAUCUACCCACCGAACCCGGAGAAUACGCCAUCAACAUCCUGUUUGCAGACCAGCAUGUCCCUGGGUCGCCCUUCAAGGCCGUGGUCCAGUCCGUGUUCGACCCCAGCAAGGUGAUGGCCAGUGGCCCCGGCUUGGAGCGGGGAAAGGUGAACGAGACCGGGGCCUUUACGGUGGACUGCUCUAAGGCCGGUGAAGCUGAACUCACCAUCGAGAUCAUCUCAGAUAGUGGCUCCAAAGCUGAGGUCCAUGUUCAGAACAACGGUGACGGGACCUAUUCCAUCACCUACACCCCUCCAUGCCCAGGCAUGUAUACCAUCACCAUCAACUACGGAGGACACAUGGUGCCAGAGUUCCCAGUCCGUCUGCAGGUGGAUCCAGCUGUCGACACCAGCGGGGUGAAGGUGUUUGGACCGGGCGUGGAACCAAGAGGCGUCCUGAGGGAGGUACCGACCCAUUUCAUGGUUGAUACCCGGGCUCACUUUAAGAGUGGAGGCAGCCACAUCAAAGUAAGAAUCUCCAACCCAUCCGGAAUCAACACAGACGCCCAGGUCUCUGAUAACGCAGACGGGACCUACAGAGUGGAGUACACACCUCUAGAAGAUGGUUUGCACUUGAUUGAAGUUCUCUUAGAUGACGUCUCAGUCCCAAAGAGUCCCUUCAGGGUCUCGGUUACAGAGGGUUGUGAUCCCAGCCGAGUCCGUGCCUUCGGCCCUGGUUUAGAGGAAGGACUUGUCAACAAAUCGAACAGCUUCACUGUUGAAACCAGGGGUGCAGGCACCGGAGGGCUCGGGCUGGCCAUUGAAGGUCCAUCAGAGGCAAAGAUGUCCUGUCAGGAUAACAAAGAUGGCAGCUGCAGUGUGGAGUACAUCCCAUUCACUCCUGGAGAAUAUGAUGUGAACAUCUCCUUUGGAGGCCUUCCUAUUCCAGGUAGCCCAUUCCGUGUCCCAGUCCGACAGCUGGUUGAUCCCAGUAAAGUCAGGUGUUCUGGUCCUGGUCUUGGAGGAGGAGUCCGAGCUCAUGUUCCUCAGACCUUCACUGUAGACAGCAGCAAGGCGGGAGUGGCUCCACUGGAGGUCCAGCUCUACGGACCAACAGGUGUAGCCGAGCCGGUCAUUGUCAAGGACAACGGAGAUGGCUCUCACACGGUGAACUACACUCCGGCCAGCGACGGUCCUUACAUGGUGUGUGUGAAAUACGCAGAUCAGGAGGUCCCUCGAAGCCCCUUUAAGAUCAAAACUUUACCGGCCCAUGAUGCCAGUAAAGUCAGAGCCAGCGGUCCUGGUCUGAACGCCUCCGGGGUCCCAGCUAGCCUGCCGGUGGAGUUCACCAUCGAUGCUAGGGAUGCUGGUGAAGGACUCCUCACUGUCCAGAUCCUGGACCCAGAGGGAAAACCCAAGAAAGCCAGCAUCCGGGACAACAGGGACGGGACAUACACCGUGUCCUACGUCCCAGACAUCACUGGACGUUACACCAUCACCAUCAAGUACGGAGGAGACGAGAUCCCAUACUCCCCCUACAGGAUCCACGCUGUGCCCACCGGGGACGCCAGCAAGUGUCUGGUCACAGUUUCCAUCGGAGGACACGGCCUGGGUUCAGGUCUUGGCCCGACUAUCCAGAUCGGAGAAGAGACGGUCAUCACAGUGGAUGCAAAGGCUGCAGGCAAAGGUAAAGUUACCUGUAAGGUGUCGACGCCGGACGGGGCGGAGCUGGAUGUGGACGUGGUGGAAAAUGCAGACGGAACAUUUGAUAUUUACUACACGGCUCCGGAGCCCGGCCAGUACAUCAUCACUAUCCGCUUCGGAGGGGAGAACAUUCCCAACAGCCCCUUCCGUAUUGUGGUGAGUAAACGCUCCUUGUGGAUGUGCUUUCCUGCUAGAAGCGCAGGUGGUGUUUGGCUUUCUGCAGGCGAGGUGCGAAUGCCGUCGGGUCAAACAGCUCGUCCUAACAUCGCUGACAACAAGGACGGGACGGUGACGGUAAAAUACUCGCCGACUGAACGAGGACUGCACGAGAUGGACAUCAAAUAUGACGGGAACCACAUCCCAGGAAGCCCACUCCAGUUCUAUGUGGAUGCUAUCAACAGUGGUCAUGUGACUGCGUACGGCCCUGGUCUGAGCCAUGGCACGGUGGACAAACCCGCCACCUUCACCAUCGUCACCAAAGAUGCAGGAGAAGGGGGCUUGUCUCUAGCUGUUGAAGGUCCAUCCAAGGCUGAGAUUAGCUGCACUGACAACAAAGAUGGGACCUGCACGGUGUCCUACCUGCCCACCGCAGCCGGAGACUACAGCAUCAUUGUCAGAUUUGAUGAUGAAAACAUUUCUGGCAGCCCGUUCAUGGCAAAGAUCACCGGUGAUGACUCCAUGAGGACCUCACAGCUCAACGUUGGGACUGCAUCAGACGUUUCCCUAAAGAUCACAGAGACGGACCUGGGCAGUCUGAUGGCCACCAUCAGAGCUCCUUCAGGUCAUGAAGAACCGUGUCUUCUAAAGAGGCUCCCCAACAGACACAUUGGAAUCUCCUUCACUCCAAAGGAAGUUGGUGAACAUGUUGUGAGUGUGAAGAAAAGUGGGACACAUGUGACCAACAGUCCCUUUAAGAUCAUGGUGGGUCAGUCUGAGAUUGGAGAUGCCAGCAGGGUGAAGGUUUACGGUCAGGGGCUGGUGGAGGGGCACACCUUUGAGGUUGCUGAGUUCAUCGUGGACACCAGGAAUGCAGGUUACGGUGGUCUGGGUCUGUCCAUCGAGGGCCCCAGCAAAGUGGACAUUAACUGUGAGGAUGUGGAGGAUGGGACCUGUAAGGUGACCUACUGCCCCACUGAACCUGGAAACUACAUCAUAAACAUCAAGUUUGCUGACCAACAUGUUCCAGGAAGUCCAUUUACCGUCAAAAUAUUCGGCGAAGGCCGGAUGAAGGAGAGCAUCACCAGGAAGCGCCAGGCCCCAUCCAUUGCCACAGUCGGCAGCACCUGCGACCUCAACCUGAAGAUACCAGGAAACUGGUUUCAGAUGGUUUCAGCUCAGGAACGUCUGACCCGGACGUUCACCCGCAGCAGCCACACCUACACCCGGACCGAGCGGACCGAGAUCAGCAAAACCCGAGCCGGGGAGACCAAAAGAGAAGUCCGGGUGGAGGAGAGCACCCAGGUCGGAGGAGAUCCCUUCAGGGAUGUGUUUGGAGAUUUUCUGGGACGAGAGAGUCUGAGCGGUUUCAGUGGGAUGCCGGCGGGAAGCCGACCGCCACUGCAGGACGGUGAGGCCGGUAACCAGGAGAUGACGGCUCAGGUGACGAGUCCCGGAGGGAAGAUGGAGGACGCAGAGAUCAUCAAAGGGGAGGACAGCACCUACAGUGUCCGCUUUGUCCCCCAGGAAAUGGGACCUCACACUGUCAAUGUUAAAUACCGGGGCCAACAUGUGCCGGGGAGCCCCUUCCAGUUUACUGUGGGGCCCCUGGGUGAGGGAGGGGCCCAUAAGGUCCGAGCAGGAGGAACCGGGCUGGACCGUGGAGUGGCAGGGCUGCCCGCUGAGUUCAGUAUUUGGACCAGAGAGGCUGGAGCUGGAGGUCUGUCGAUUGCUGUGGAAGGACCCAGCAAAGCUGAGAUCUCCUUUGAGGACCGGAAGGACGGUUCCUGUGGAGUCUCCUACGUGGUCCAGGAGCCUGGUGAUUAUGAGGUUUCCAUCAAGUUUAACGAUGAACACAUCCCAGACUCUCCUUUCAUUGUCCCUGUGGCUAGCCUGUCAGAUGACGCCCGCCACCUCACCAUCACCAGCCUGCAGGAGAUGGGGCUGAAGGUGGGUCAGGAGGCCUCCUUUGCUGUCCAGCUGAAUGGAGCCAGAGGCCUCAUAGAUGCUAAGAUCCACUCACCAUUGGGGGCCACAGAGGAAUGCUGCAUCACUGAGCUGGACAGCGAUCGGCACGCCAUCAGGUUCAUCCCCAAGGAGAACGGCGUUCACUCUAUAGACGUUCGCUUCAACGGCAGCCAUGUACCCGGCAGUCCAUUCAAGAUCCGCGUGGGAGAACCGGGGCAGGUUGGAGAUCCAGGGCUUGUGUCUGCCUUUGGGCCAGGACUGGAAGGAGGAACCACAGGCGUGGCGUCAGAGUUUAUGGUCAACACCUGUAAUGCCGGAGCUGGAGCUCUAUCUGUGACCAUCGAUGGACCAUCAAAGGUGAAGAUGGACUGCCAGGAGUGUCCUGAGGGCUACAAAGUCUCUUACACCCCUAUGGCUCCAGGGAGCUACCUGAUCUCCAUCAAGUACGGAGGACCACAGCACAUUGUAGGCAGCCCCUUCAAAGCCAAAGUGUCAGGACCACGCCUGUCAGGAGGUCACAAUCUCCAUGAGACGUCUUCUGUUCUCGUGGAAACCGUCACCAAAACAUCAGCGAUGGGCGGGGCCUUCGCUUCCUUCCCCAAAUUCUCCUCAGACGCCAGUAAAGUCAUCUCCCGCGGCGCUGGUCUGUCUAAAGCCUUCAUCGGUCAGAAGAACACCUUCACAGUGGACUGCAGCAAAGCAGGCACCAACAUGUUGAUGGUGGGCGUCCACGGGCCAAAGACACCCUGUGAGGAAGUCUACGUCAAACACAUGGGCAACAGGAUGUACAACGUGACGUACACGGUGAAGGAACAGGGCAGCUACAUCCUCAUCGUGAAGUGGGGGGAUGAGAACAUACCAGGAAGUCCUUUCCACGUCACUGUUCCCUAAACAAGCUCAGCUUCAUCUCCACACGGUGACUCCUCAUCUUCUACGAUGCACUGAAGACUUUUCCUCACAGAGGAGGAAACGUUCCUCAUGUUUCUCCUGCCCUUACCUGUUCUCCAUGGGAUGUGACGGCCGUUGCUCCCCUCAAGAACUUCACCCAAACUGCUUGAACAGCUGCUAUAGAGAUGAUCCAGGAUGAGAAAUCUUCCAACAGACGUUUCCACAAACUUUCGUUUGUUUUGCAGCAGGAACCUUCCUGAUUAGGUCCAUCUCUGCAGGGUUUGGACCUGAUCAGGAACGUUCUGUUGUAAGAAUCUUAAAAGGUGAACAUCUGAGGCCACAUGGGGACGAUUUUAAAGGCCUCGAAGCAGAAAAUGUGAAGCUAUUUUCUAUAUACUUCAGCUCUAUGCAGAUCUCUACAUCUUCUCUGCAUAACUAUUGUUUGUAUUCAGCAAAUCUAGAUCUUCUAGGUGCAGAAGACUUUGCAACCAUCUUCUAACUGCUGAAGGAAGUCCAAGCAGCUGGAACUCCUCCUCCUUCAUUGGGUCUGUGAGGAACAUCAGGGGACGAUCUCCUCUAUGAACAUCACAUCCUGAGCUCUGCAGACGAAGAGAGAUCACAAAUGUCAUGAUCCGGAACCAGGAAGAGAAGACAACAGAUUUUCAGCAACAACUCCACGUCUUCUAGAACCUUCUGGAUUUCACAUGAGGUGUUUGGAUUCUGCUGCAUCAAACUGUGACGUUUAAUUUAUUCCCCCUGAUUGGCUGUCGGUAGAGGAGACGCGUCUGAUCUGUGAUCCGCUCCCAGUCUGUGUUUUAAUAUGACGCAUCAGGAGGUUUUAUGGAGAUUUUUCAGAAACACACUAUUAGAAAUACUUUUUUUUGUAGUUUUGUAUGUAUCCAAGCAAAUGACUGAAAGCUUGAGUAUGGCAAAAUUGUGCAGGCAUAAUAAAACUGUCUUUGAGACGUC